AAUCCCCCUGCAUUUGGAGUGCGCAACGAAGCGUUUUUGCAGUUAACUUUGGAACAUUUGGAGCCAGUACAAGGACUAUUCAACCUACGGUAUGCGACGAUUACCUGCCCAGGACCUCUCGCUCAUGACUUUUCUUGGAUGCUUGGCUUGGUUAACCGUUGGUCUUGCUGGCGCAGACGGCCGGGUGUUCCUACUGGAGCCGAGGCCUGGCUCACAUGCAGGCUUCCUGGCAGCCUUGGACGCGUGUGCAGCUCAAGGUGCACGGGUUGCGUCACGGAGUGAGCUUCGGCAUGCUGUGGUUGAGUGUUCAUUCUCAGCCUGUGCACGUGGUUGGCUCACCGGUCCCAGCAUCGGGACUACAGUGUGCAGGAGUGUGGCUGGGAGCUUCCGGGCUGUGGAAAUGCAGGUGGAGAAUGCCACCGAGUCGUCUGAGAGGCUGCCUGUGUUCUGUGUGAAAGACACUGGGGCGCCGUGCGGAAGUCCACCCUCUUUCCCCAACACACGUAUACAGGGCCAGAGAGGACUGGAGCUGGGUGAUGAGGUGCUGUACUCCUGUAGCCCUGGAUACAUGCUGCCCAGAGGAGAGACAGGCUUCAGCCUGCUGUGCGACAGCUGCGGGAAGUGGUACGGCCUGGUGCAGCUCUGCGUUAAAGCUGAUACUGAAGCCUUCAUUGACUAUGAAGACAAGCUUCCAGAUGAUGAUCAUUUCCAUCAGGGCCUGGGGGAGGUGCAUCACCUGACUGUGGUGCCUAGGGUCACUGAGAUCUUUGAUCAUGAAGAGUCUACACCUGAGCUUGAGCCAAAGCAGAAAGGGCCAGUCAUGGUAGAGGAAGAAGGCACAGAUAAGGAAGAUUCUAGAGUGUCUGUAACAGAGAACCCAGUGUCUCAGCUCAGCCAGAAACACAUGUUCUGGUUUCCCUCAGAGACUUUUGAAGAGGAGAAGCAUGCUCUGCUCAGCACAGCCACACCCAUAAAUGGCCCCACCAAGGAUGAAAACUACAUCCUGAGCAAAACUGACAAGAGCUUGUCAGAGACUGAGAUAAAAGCAGAAGAUCAUGACAGUAAACUUUCACCCCAACCUCCCACAUAUGAGCCUGCCAGACACAGUGUGGGUAGCACGAAGGAGUCAUGGCUGGAUGGAUACCCUGUUCCCCAGGAAGAGGAAAAAACAGGGACUAUGUCUUCAGAGCGGACAGGGCCAGGACAGACUAUGGACACUGGGAGUGUGACUGGUGGUUCAGAAAUGCAGGUGUUAGAAAGUGUGACUGACAGGCCUGAAAGAACAGGCAUGGCAGGAAUUAUCCCCAGCUAUCAGGAGGAAGAGACUAAGAGUUUGUCUGAGUCACCUGAGAGGCAGGACUUUGGAAAGGUUAAUGAUUAUCAGGAAAAUUUAGAGACUGAAAGUUUGACUGAAAGCACUGAAGGGACAGGCUAUUGGGGAGUGUUUAACCAACAAGGUGGGGAGCUUCAAAAAGUGACUGACAAACUUCCAGACCAGGUCUCUGAUCAUACAGAAGAAACACAUAUUGUUACAAAGGGACCUACCAUAGAACAGACUGAAGGAGAGGCGAAGAGACCAAUAGAGGUAGAAUUUGAGGAUGUUAAUGACAGGUUUAAAGAGAUGCCAUCUCAAAGCAUGACGGACAGUCCAAAUGAUGUCGAGAUGAGCCCCACAUCUUUCAUCAGCUUCACUCAGAUCUCAGCAGGCCAUGACGAUUCAGCUCUUAACGAAAGACCUACCCCGUACACACCUGGAGCUGCCCCUGAAAAUGUCAGCUCCAGCCAGGAGGGGAUAGGUUUUGAGCGCACUGCCACACCUACAGGAAUGCCACCGGUGGACACUAAGUCCACUCAAAAAGUUCACAUCAUUAGCAAUGUGGCCACACCUACAGUCAGACCUACAGUCAGUGCCGCUUGGGAAACCAAAGACUUUGGCCACUUUCUGGAGUAUAUUCCCACUGUAGGUGGUGACACCUCUGUCAAAACCCAUGAUAAUAGGAGUGCUAUGGAAGGAGACACAGAGCUUAGCCUGGACCAUCCAGAAGGCUCCGAUAAAGGAGCUUGUGGUGUGGACCCCUGCCAUGUAGCUGGCCGUGGCGUGACGAUUGCUGGCAUCAUCAUUGGCGUACUAGUAGCAGUUCUUGGUGCAAUCUUGGGUGUGUGGUGUUACAAAAGGAGGCAGCAAAAGAGCUCUCACUAUCAGCUCAAUGGAACUAACAGACAAACACAAUGCAUCGAGCUCCGGCAGACUGUGUAACCCAACACACACAAACACCAUACAUGUUUGAAUACAAACACCAUACGUUUGAACACAAACACCACAUAUAUUCGAACACAAACAACAUACAUGUUUGAACAAUAUGAUCUAUGUAGACCCAAUAAUCCUCGGAAUCAAGUCCCUGAAAUUCUCCACACUAACCAAAGUAAUAGGAGUGAGAGACUUCUGUGCUUUGUUAAUACCUAUUUCUAUUUUCUAUUUCUAUUUCUAUUUUCCCUGUUUGCCGUGUUGUGUGCGUAAUAUUUGAUGUAUUUUGCCUGUCUAUAUUUGAUGCCUUGUUAUUUCUGGAUUAGGUUUGUGAAUUUAAUUCCAUUUCGUGGACUGCAUUUGAGAGGCUACCUGCCUGACUGGCACUGGAUGUCUGAUUAACUUUUAAAGACAAACAUUUUGAUUUAUCAGAGGAAUUUGUUUCUCAUAUUUCAAAAGACAGUCAUCUGAAUCAAAGAUAAAUCAGCUCAGUAAUAAUUGUACUAUCAUGCAGUUGUACUGUUUGGAAGGGAAGUUUUGAAACAAACAAAGCAAAAAAAAAAAAAGCUUCUCUGUAUAUUGUGACUAGUAUAAUUGGUAUAAUUCAAGCAUCUACAGAUUAAUACAGAUAGUGAAUUUAUAUAUAUAUAUAUUACACAUGCAUACAUUCUAUAGAUUUCAUCUAUAGAUUUCUGUAGAUUUCAGUACAACACAGAUUUACAAUAUAGAUUUCCGCAGUAAUUAUUGGAUAAUAUAUAACACACCUAUAACAAUCAAAUACCUAAGAGACUAAUUUAGAAGCUAUAAAACACAACAAAAAUUAUUUCUAUAGGAUAUAUUUAAAAUUUAAUCAGCUGUGACAUUAGCUGUUUUUUGUUGUGGUGUGGUGUGGUAUGUGGUGUGGUAGGGGUGAGUUUAAUCUUCUGGAUAUAACAGAUACAUUUGUGCUUUGCUUUUGUCUCACUAUGUAAUUUUCUAUGUCUAGCAGAUUCCACUGACAUUGUUUUUCCUCUGCUGUGUCAGGUGUUUGUAAUUAAAACAGUAUAAGGUAUCUCUUACAGCUUUUCUGUAUUAAUCAGCUUUCUUUGGUGUGGGCAUGUUAAGUAGACUGCUAAAUCUGCUAAACCUAAUCUCUGCUGUCUCUACUGCUUCAUUAGUGAUCUUACAAAAUUUGCCAUUUGUGUUUUAGUAGGUUUCCAAGAAUAAAUGUAGACAUACAUGCUAUAAAUAAAAACUGGCAAGUAGAGUAACUUAAUAUUUAAAGUGCUUAAUGAUCUUACUGAAAUUAAAACUUUGCAAAAUGUUUUUUAUUUGUAAUGUUAACAAGCAGAUUUCGGUGCAUUGCCCAAUUUCCCUAUUUUAGGCCUCUUCGGUUUUUUCAAGAGGUACCACCGCAGAAUUAGGAGCUACAUCUGUUAAUCUUUUAUGUCAGAUAUAUUUAGUGUGAAUGUAGUGUGCAUUCCCUUUAGUUCAGUAACUAAUGUUAUUCAUGUUUUGUUAAACUGUUUUUUUUAUACUCGUGAUCCUUUGUAACUAACCCAAAACUCUUAGCAGACAUCAAAAAAUGUAUCAGUAAUCGCCAAAGUGCUUGUACUCACAACCAAUGCAACAAGAAGCAUUUGAUUUUUUCAAAAAUAUGAUCAAAAUUGAUUUGGGCAUUAAUUUAACCAAAGGGCUUUUUUGGAAUAAUGUACAAGUGUCUGUAUCCUGGUGCGGGAUACUACCAUCUCCGUGCCAAUAUACUAUACAGGACUAUGUAGACUUCCAACAGGCUGCUAGCGAAAGUAACACCUUUAAAUUAAAACAUGGGAAUUACAUCUAUUUUGUAUGCCAUAUGCAGAUUUUCCCCAAUUAUUUGUGUCUCUGGAAUGUCUCAUCUGAUCCAUAAACUUUCUCUGAAAGUUUCUAAGAGGUGACAGAAUAUCAGUGAAUUAUAUUUCUUAGUGUAACAGACUAACUGAAUUGUUCUAAAUAAAAUCCAAUCACUUCAGGAAAAUGCUUUCUUAUUUG